UCAUCCAGCUGGCACAUCGCUGUAACCGGUAUUCUGGGUCACUCUCUGGUCCUCAUCUUGUUUUCCACGGAGGUGUUCCUUAGCCCUGUCUCACCUAGCCGCCAUCUUGGUUUCUCUGCCUGAUGGGUUUUGAGUCUAGUUAAAGGUCUAAAGCAGAGGUAUGUCCUGAGGAGAAUCAGCAUUGCUUUGCAAGGCCUCAGAAGAGACCUGAAGUGUGCUGCAAGUUCUUCAGGCAAAGCAGGAUUAACCUCCUCAUACUGGAGAGGAAAGGGUACAAAGAAAACUCAGCAAGAGUUAAAAGUUUUGAUGUUCCCAGUUUCAGGGAUCAAGUGGUUUCACUGGGAUCUUCUCAGUGAAGAUUAUGUUCCCAUUUUAAUCUCCAGGAUCCCAUUUCUAACCAAUCAAUGCCCUCACCUUAGCAGAAGACAUCCUGAGAGGGUAGGAAGUCAAUUUGCAUUGUAAUUCAGCUACUCACAGGAUAAGACUCUGUGUUUGGUUUUCAGAAAUCUCAGCUAGGCAGCAACCCUCUCAGAACAGAAACAGAAGUUUCCAAUUCAUUUAUGUGGAGCUUGAAUUGGGAAUUUGAGGUCCUGAGUUCAUCCUUUUCUUUUUCCAUUUUUUCCAGUGCAGUUAGGAGCAACCAGUCAAUCUCACUGUACUCCUUGGUUUGACUAAAGUAUUCUAAGUUAUCAAAUACACAGUCAUUGAAAACCUUGCCUUUAAAUACAGCCAGACGAGAGAACCAAUUCCAGAACCAAUUCAGCAAGCUUAUCCUUAAGAUUCUGUUCUUCUAGAACCACUCUCAAUACCAAAUCUGUAUCUGUCAGGGUUGCCCCAGAGAAACAGAACCAGUAGGAGACCACACACGCACACACACACACACACACACAGACACACACACACACACACACACACACACACACACACACUUACUGCCGUGAAUUGGGUUAUAUGAUUGUGAAGAUGAGCUAAGUAGAUCCAAAAUCUAUAAGCAGGCCAUCAGGAAAUGGUGGCUGGAAAAUCUCAAGCAGGAGCUGACACUGCAAUCCACAGGCAGGAUUUCUUCUUCAGGGAAGCUUCAGUUCUGCCCUUAAGGCCAGAUUAUCAAGGAUAAUCUCCUUUACUUAAAGUCAACUGGCUGUAGAUGUUAAUCACAUCUGCUAAAUAUCUUCACAGCAGCACCUAGAUUAGUGUUUGACUGAACAAUUGGGUAGUAUAGCUUAGCCAAGUUGACACAUUAAACUGACCAUCAUGUUUAUUAAAAUUCAGGAAACUACGCAUAUUGUUUCUCAUAUCUUCGUAUCAAGGCACAUUUGGCAUUUUCCAAAUUGGCUACAGUGCAUCUUGGGGGUAUCCCAUUUAUAAAAAUAUUUGUGGAAAAGCUUUGUUAGUGGAAAGAUGAAGAAGUUCGACUUCUGAGAAUAAUAUACUUGACCAGGAAAUUAAAAUGGAUAAGAGUUGAUUUGUUUUUCUUUGAGUUUACGCAAGAUGUAAUCUUCCUAAAGUUAGAGGCAUAUUAAAUGACAAAAAAUUGUUCUCUGAAUAGGUGCUAGUUUGAUAUCCUGGGCAGAGAAAAGCCACUUAGCAGGUAGCAAAUUGCUUGGCUACAGCUUUGCAAAUUCAAGAGUCCCACAGUGGCUUUUCUAUCUCCAGGGCUAAAUACAGUAGCAUCCUUUUCUUAAGGAUUAAAACUUAUUUUUUAAAAUGUAUUUUCAAAAAAUUUUAAACUUAACAGUUGUAAGAAGAGAUCAGUGAACUCCCACAUGCUCUUCUAGAUUCACCAAUUGUUAACAGUUUGCCUCAUUUGUUUUACCACUAUCCAUAUAUUAUUAUUUUACUUUGGCUCAACAAAUUGAGAAUAGGUUGCAGAUAUCAUGGCCCUUUACUCCUAAACACAUCAGCAUGUUUCUCUUUAAAAGAAAGACAUUCUCUUGCUAGUUGUAGUACAAUGAUCAAAUCCAACAAGUUUAACAUUGGUAAAAUACUGUUACCUAAUAUAUCCAAAUUCUGCUAAUUGCCCUCAAAAUGUCCUUCAAAGUGAUUUUUUUCAAACACCCAACAUACAUUGCCUUUAGUUGUCAUGUAAGUUUUGUUGCCUUUGGAGUAUUUCACUUCUGUAAAGAAACAGAGGGUGAUCUUUUGACUCCUAUCUCUGCAAGCUUUGUUGAAGAAAAAAGACAUUAUAUAUUUCAGAAGGGCUGCUUGCCAAAAUACCAAACCACCCAGGCAAGAGGGACAUUUUUGGUUUUAGAAUAUGUGCUGUCGAAGCGAGCAUGACAUUUUUUUGUUUUUAAUUUUAAAAACUUUGGUUGGUUUGUGAUGUCUUGACUCAGCAGUCUUUAAUGCAGCUGGGCUUGGUAAGCAUUAAAAGGGUUCUGAAGCUUUGCUUUAUUUCAUAAUCCCAAUUGUUUUUCUAGAAACCAUCAAUAGUCUCUAAAUGACUGACUCAAUUUUUGGAUCCUAUUCUCAUGACCAAGCAAAUGUUUGAUUCGAAACCAGCCCAAUAUAAAUGUUAUCUCUGUCCCUCUAACUCUCUGUAGCAACUCCUGGAUUUCUUUCAGCAUCGAGAAAACGAACCUAGGCACCAAAAAUGUCUAAAACUGGAGCCAAGGUAGAUAUUCGUAACAGGCAAAUGUGCAGAAGGCAUUAAGUGUGGGAAAAAAGGAAAAUAAAAAAAGAUGACAUUACCCUCAUUUCCAAUAGCAUAUGCCUUGCAAAGACUCUUUUAUUGGUGAAUACUUGGCCAAAAACCAAAGAUUACUUUCUAUGAAGACAGAAACUUUCAAGGCCGCCACUAUGACUGUGACCGUGACUGUACAGAUUUCCACAUGUACCUGACUCGUUGCAACUCCAUCAGAGUGGAAGGAGGUACCUGGGCUGUGUACGAAAGGCCCAACUUUGCAGGGUAUAUGUACAUCUUACCUCCGGGCGAGUACCCUGAGUACCAGCGUUGGAUGGGCCUCAACGACCGCCUCAGCUCCUGCAGAGCUGUCCACCUGUCUAGCGGAGGCCAGUAUAAGAUUCAGAUCUUUGAGAAAGGGGAUUUCAAUGGCCAGAUGUAUGAAACCACUGAAGAUUGCCCUUCCAUCAUGGAGCAGUUUCACCUGCGAGAGAUCCACUCCUGCAAAGUGCUGGAUGGUGUCUGGAUUUUCUAUGAGCUACCCAACUACCGUGGCAGGCAGUAUCUCCUGGACAAGAAGGAGUACCGGAAGCCCAUUGACUGGAGUGCAGCUUCCCCAGCUGUUCAGUCUUUCCGCCGCGUUGUGGAGUAAUGAUGUGGAUGAAGCCAUAGGCUUCUCCUUGGGGGCCACAGGCUGGCUGGCCUUGUGGUUCAAGUUGGCAUCAUAAAUAAAACAAUCAGCAUGCAUUCCACUGCUGACUGUAAUGCCUCCCCUUAAAUGCUUUUAGGGACCAGCAGUGUAGUGCCUGCCACAUUGGGCAGUUACACAAAGCAGUUCGUCCUUCAGAUUAGCAGUCUAGAUCCUGUGCCCAACAAAAUGGGACUGCAUUGCAAGGUUAGAGAAUCAGAGGGCUGGGUGGUGGUUCUUUUUGCUUAUGUCUUGCAUUCAUUCAACAGCUACAAUAAUAAAGCUGCCAUUUAUUGAGCACCUAUUACCAAGAAUCAGGAACUUUCUGACAUUAUCCCAUUUUCUCUUCACAAUAACCCUGUAAAA